AGGGUGUUUUUUUUGACAGAUCGCAGUUUGUUUUGGGCCGUAGUGAGAAAAAUAUUGCUUUUUGUGAUUUAUUUACUUACUGACGCAAAAAAGCAACAUGACUGGUGUAGAAUCAAUGAUUGUGGAGGAGAAGCAACCCCCGACUAAAGUGGUUGACCGAGAAAAGACUUGUCCUCUCCUCCUGCGAGUAUUCUGCUCCACCGGAAGACAUCAUUCCACUGCUGAAUAUGCCCACGGAAAUGUACCGAGCAACGAACUGCAGAUAUAUACGUGGCAGGAUGCUACGCUGAGGGAACUUACGACACUUGUGAGAGACGUGAAUCCGGAGACACGACGAAAAGGUACCUACUUUGACUUUGCUCUCGUCUACCCUGCACACAAUGGGUAUCGUAUGCGAGAGAUUGGUGUAACGUGCUCCGGAGCCAAGGGAGCUGAUGAUUCCAAGACACUGCAGCAGGCAAAGUUUUGCAUUGGCGACUACAUGGACAUCAACAUAACUCCCCCCAUGCGCAAGCGAUACUAAAAGGAGAUUGCAAGUCAGAUUUCUUUCUUUAUUCACUCGUCCUUAUUAAUUUUUUUAUGUAAACUCUCAAUAAUUCAGAUUCAUGUGUGACCAUCCGACUUAAACAAUAAAUUAAUCAUAGGAUUUUCCUAAUAGCUAAA